CCCCGACAGACACCCGCUCCUCCCCUCCCUGCAGCGCCGGGAGGGGCCCCGCGGUGGCGGCCCAGAUUCAGCCUGUGACAAUACCUGGGAAGAGUAUGAAUGUUUCAGAGAACUGGCUGUUCAAUGGUUCCUCGUUAGCAUCUCAAGUUCAUGCUGCUGCUAUUAAUGGAGAUAAGGGUGCCCUCCAAAAGCUAAUAGCAGGAAACCCUGAGUUGAAAGAUAAAGAAGACCAGUUUGGGAGAACUCCUCUCAUGUACUGUGUGUUGGCUGACAGGCUAGAUUGUGCUGAGGCCUUGCUGAAGGCAGGAGUAGGUAUUAAUAAAGCUGAUCAUAGCCAGAGAACUGCUCUUCACCUUGCUGCACAAAAGGGAAAUUAUCGCUUCAUGAAACUUUUACUUGCUCGUAGAGCAAACUGGAUGCAAAAGGAUUUAGAAGAAAUGACUCCUUUACAUUUAACUACCCGCCACAAGAGUCCCAAGUGCUUAGCUUUGUUGCUAAAAUACAUGGCACCAGGCGAAGUGGAUACACAGGACAGAAACAAGCAAACUGCUCUGCACUGGAGUGCCUACUACAAUAACCCAGAGCAUGUGAAACUUCUUAUAAAACACGAUUCUAAUAUUGGAAUCCCUGAUAUUGAAGGCAAAAUCCCACUUCAUUGGGCAGCUAACCACAAGGAUCCCAGUGCAGUUCUAACAGUCAAAUGUAUUCUGGAUGCUGCUCCCACAGAAUCUUUAUUGAACUGGCAGGACUAUGAAGGACGAACCCCCCUUCAUUUUGCAGUUGCUGAUGGGAAUGUGGCAGUGGUUGAUGUCCUGACCUCUUAUGAAGGCUGCAAUGUGACAUCUUAUGACAACCUCUUUCGAACUCCUCUUCACUGGGCAGCUUUACUGGGCCAUGCACAGAUUGUCCAUCUCCUGUUAGAAAGAAAUAAGUUUGGAACCAUCCCAUCUGAUAGCCAAGGGGCAACACCCUUACAUUAUGCAUCACAGAGCAACUUUGCUGAAACAGUUGAAGUAUUUUUGAAACAUCCCUCUGUGAAAGAUGACUCAGACCUUGAGGGAAGAACAUCCUUUAUGUGGGCAGCUGGGAAAGGCAGUGAUGAUGUCAUCAUCACUAUGCUGAAUUUAAAAUUGGACAUUGAUAUCAACAUGGCAGAUAAAUAUGCUGGCACAGCAUUACAUGCUGCUGCCCUUUCUGGCCAUGUCAGCACUGUGAAAUUGCUCUUAGAACAUAAUGCACAGGUAGAUGCAACGGAUGUAAUGAAGCACACUCCACUUUUCCGAGCCUGUGAAAUGGGACACAAAGAAGUGAUACAGACACUCAUUAAAGGGGGAGCAAGAGUAGAUUUGGUUGAUCAAGAUGGCCAUUCUCCCCUUCACUGGGCAGCUCUGGGUGGAAAUGCUGAUGUAUGUCAAAUUUUGAUAGAAAAUAAAAUCAACCCAAAUGUGCAGGAUUAUGCAGGUAGAACUCCCUUGCAGUGUGCUGCAUAUGGAGGCUAUAUUAACUGCAUGGUCGUGUUACUGGAAAACAAUGCAGAUCCAAAUAUUCAAGAUAAAGAGGGAAGGACUGCUUUACAUUGGCUGUGUAACAAUGGCUACCUUGAUGCUAUAAAGUUGCUGCUGGGUUUUGAUGCUUUCCCUAAUCACAUGGAGAACAAUGAAGAGAGAUACACGCCACUUGAUUAUGCUUUGCUUGGAGAACACCAUGAGGUGAUUCAGUUUAUGUUAGAACAUGGUGCUCUGUCUAUAGCUGCCAUACAGGACAUUGCUGCCUUCAAAAUCCAAGCUGUCUACAAAGGAUACAAGGUUAGAAAGGCUUUCCAAGACAGAAAAAAUCUUCUAAUGAAGCAUGAACAGCUGAGAAAAGAUGCUGCUGCCAAGAAACGUGAAGAAGAAAAUAAGAGGAAGGAAGCAGAGCUGUUGAAGGGAAUGCAGAACCUGGUACUCAAUAGGGUGCAAGUACAGCCACAUCCUGCAAAUAGAGAGAAGAGUAACAGAACUCCUAGCACUCCACAGCUGUCUAGUAAACAAAUUGAUAGUAACAGGCUUUUCUGCAGUAGCAUUUCUCAAAACCAGGCAGGGAAAAAUAAUAGAGGAUCACCUACAACCUCUCAAAACAGAACGACACCAAAGGAAAAAUGUCUGUCUGCAGAACUACCAGGUGAAGAUCACAAAAACAAAAAAGAAUUAUCCAGAAAACACACCAAAAGCAAGACAGCUUGUGUCCAUUUCCAUUGUGGUAAAGAAAAUGAUGGAGCCAAGGUUGAAGCUAACCAUCAAGUUGUGGCGGCUACAGAGUGGUAUGGUGAAAAGCACAAGGAGCAGUCUGCAAGCGCGAAAGGCUUAGCACAUGGCAACGAAAAGCACAUCCCUUGUUGUAACACAGCCAGUGCAGGGGAGAAAUUAGCAGAUCAAAGUCAAUCUAUAGCUGGCAACAGAAGCCAUUGUGAAGGAACAACAGGGCACUUGCAGAAUAUUAACUGCACUGAUGGAAACUCAAGGAAUUCAAGGCAGUGUGAAACACUAUCAAAAGGCAAACCGCGCAUGCUGAAAGCAAGAAAUAAAGAGUUAAACAGUGAGAGAUGUUCCCCAGCUGGCUCCAGUAGACCUGGAAGUGCCAAAAUGAGAUUUGUAAACAUCAGAAAUGACAGUUCACAUGCCGUAGUACAAACUAACAAUGUAGCAAAUAAUGAAUUAGCAAAAAAGACCUGCCCUUUACUGUCUAUCAAAGCAGGAACUACAAGACCUGUCCCAAGUGAUCCAACAGCACACGCUAUUUUUGAUGAUAGUCUGAACUUGGAAAAAAUAGAUAUAACGGAGUCCAAGAAUGCAGAUGAUCGAUUAUGUUCCCAUCUCACAUGUCAGAGUAUGGAUAUUGAACUUAUCCCAUUAGAGAUCCGUAUGCAGAUAAUAGAAAAGGAAAGAACAAGAAAAGAGCUAUUUCGGAAGAAGAACCAUGCUGCUACUGUUAUUCAGAGGACAUGGAGAAGUUACCAGCUAAGACAGAAGUUGGUCCAGCUUUUUAGUGUUGAGCGGCAAUGCAAAGAAGAUGAAGACAAAUGGAGACAAGAGACAGCUGCCUUUUUCAUCCAGGUCGCUUGGAAGAAACAGCUGAACCAUGGCCCUCUGAAAUCAGUGUCUUCAUGUAAAAACCUAAAAUCUAUAAAUAAAAGCAACUCAGCCAUAAAAACGAGCAAGCAAUCCAUCCUUAAGCAGAUAUACGGGCGCUCUCAAGAAGGGAAAGUUUGCCAUCCAGCAAGACCUGCUUCAAAGCAUAAGCUCUCUGAUGUGCACGUGAUCUCAGUAAGCAACCUGCAGUAUGUUCAUCUGCUGGAGAGUGAAGGAAAAUUGAAGCAGUUUUCAUACAACAUGAGACCAACCACUGCUGCAAAGUCAAAAACCAAAAGACCCAAGCAUUAA